AUGGCGAGCCGAGGGUCCCGACAGCGCCUGAAAGGAAGCGGGGCCAGCGGCGGGCACACGGCCAUCUCGACUGGUGCAGACAAGCUGCGGGACCUGCCAUGCAGCCGAGAGGCGGGCGCCUCGGAGCACCGGACAGAGCUAUCUGGGAACAAAGCAGGACAAGUUUGGGCACCUGAAGGAUCUACUGCCUUCAAGUGUCUGCUCUCAGCAAGGUUAUGCGCUGCUCUCCUGAGCAACAUCUCCGACUGUGAUGAAACAUUCAAUUACUGGGAACCAACACACUACCUCAUCUAUGGGAAGGGAUUCCAGACUUGGGAAUAUUCCCCAGUUUAUGCCAUUCGCUCCUAUGCUUACCUGUUGCUUCAUGCCUGGCCAGCUGCCUUUCAUGCAAGAAUUCUACAGACUGAUAAGGUAUGCAGCUUCUCUUCUAUGGCUGUGUGCAAGAAGUUUGGGUUGCAUGUGAGUCGAAUGAUGUUAGCCUUCUUGGUUCUCAGCACUGGAAUGUUUUGCUCAUCUUCAGCAUUCCUUCCUAGUAGCUUCUGUAUGUAUACUACGUUGAUAGCCAUGACUGGAUGGUAUAUGGACAAGACUUCCGUUGCGGUGCUGGGAGUAGCAGCUGGCGCUAUCUUAGGCUGGCCAUUCAGUGCAGCUCUUGGUUUACCUAUUGCCUUUGAUUUGCUGGUCAUGAAACAGAGGUGGAAGAGUUUCUUUCAGUGGUCACUGGUGGCCUUAAUACUCUUUCUGGUGCCUGUGGUGGUCAUUGACAGCUACUAUUAUGGGAAGUUGGUAAUUGCACCACUCAACAUUGUUUUAUAUAAUGUCUUUACUCCUCAUGGGCCCGAUCUUUAUGGUACAGAACCCUGGUACUUCUAUUUAAUUAAUGGAUUUCUGAACUUCAAUAUCGCCUUUGCUUUGGCUCUCCUGGUCUUACCACUGACUUCUCUGAUGGAAUACUUGCUGCAGAGAUUUCACGUUCAGAAUUUAGGCCACCCAUAUUGGCUUACCUUGGCUCCAAUGUAUAUUUGGUUUAUAAUUUUCUUCAUCCAGCCUCACAAAGAGGAACGGUUUCUAUUUCCUGUAUACCCACUCAUAUGUCUCUGUGGCGCUGUGGCUCUUUCUGCACUUCAGCAUUCUUUUAUCAGUUUGAUACACUUUCUGAAAUGUUACCGCUGUGUGUUUCAACAUUACCGGCUGGAGCAUUAUACUGUGACAUCCAAUUGGCUGGCAUUGGGAACAGUCUUCUUGUUCGGGCUCUUGUCCUUUUCUCGUUCUGUGGCACUCUUCAAGGGAUAUCACGGCCCUCUUGAUCUGUAUCCAGAAUUUUACCGAAUUGCUACAGACCCAACUGUCCACACUGUUCCAGACGGGAGACCUGUGAAUGUCUGUGUCGGGAAGGAAUGGUAUCGAUUUCCCAGCAGCUUCCUUCUGCCCGAUAAUUGGCAGCUUCAGUUCAUUCCAUCAGAGUUCAGGGGCCAGUUACCAAAACCUUUUUCUGAGGAACCACUGGGCACCCGCAUUGUUCCUACUGACAUGAAUGACCAGAACCUAGAAGAGCCCUCCAGAUAUAUUGACAUCAAUAAAUGUCAUUAUUUAGUAGAUUUGGACACCAUAAGAGAAACAGCCCGGGAGCCAAAAUAUUCAUCCAAUAGAGAAGAAUGGAUCAGCUUGGCCUACAAACCAUUCCUUGAUGCUUCUAGAUCUUCAAAGCUCCUGCGGGCAUUCUAUAUCCCCUUCCUGUCAGAUCAGUAUACAGUGUAUGCAAACUACACCAUCCUCAAGCCCCGGAAAGCAAAGCAAGUCAGGAAGAAAAGUGGAGGUUAG